AGUUGGUCCCGCGCUAACCAUCAGCCCCUUCACCAGCAGUUGAUCCUGCGCUAAGCAGCAGCUCCUGUACCAGCAGAUGAUCCUGAGCUAACUAGCAGCUACUCAGCCAGCAGUUGAUCCCGCACUAACCAGCAGCUUCCUUAACCAGCAGUCGAUCCUGCACUAACCAGCGGCUCCUUAACCAGCAGUUGAUCCUGUGCUAACCAGCAGCUACUCAACCAGCAGUUGGUCCCGCACUAACCAGCAGCCCCUUCACCAGCAGUUGAUCCUGUGCUAACCAGCAGCUCCUGUACCAGCAGAUGAUCCUGAGCUAACUAGCAGCUUCCUUAACCAGCAGUUGAUCCUGCGCUAACCUGCCCCCCUCCCUGGUCUCUGUCCCGGGUGGGAGUCAGGAGUGGGUUCCAGUCACAGCCUUUCCAAGCACACUUGGAAGGCUGGCUGCUUCCCCUACUCUCUCCCCUGUUUGUGUGUUUCUUACGAGCAUUUGAAUAAACCCGGGCGGCCUCCCGCAUGCUCCUGUGUCCCCCCGUGAGGGGACAGCGGGGUGCCCGGAGAGCGUGCAUCACACAGCGGCCAGCUUCCCCUGCCCCUUCUUGUUGAUAACUCACUUCCGCCCGCAUCUCUGCCCCGCCCCGCCUCCCCCUUUGAUGCUGAGUGGGUGGCCCCUCUGCCCGCAGCUUGGCCAGCUCAGAGCCCAGUGGUCCCACCUGGAAGGCCACAGCUGGCGCUUCCACAAGGAGUAGCCUGGACGCCUCUCAGCAGCUCUGUCUGCAGACCUUCCGGAAUGGGAAAAUCUCCACGUUCCCUAAUUACCAUUCAGUUAAACUUUCAUAUGUGAAAUUAAAGAUGAAUCCUAGACGACUUUGAAAAUGGAACAAACCAUCAUUCGCUGGAACUGACGGCUUUCAAACCAGUUAGAAAGAAAAACAUCCCAGUUUUCCCUGCUUUUGCGUUUGUUAUGAUGAAGUGAAGGUUUGGGGGUGUCCUCCCAGGAGCACCUCCCAGAAGCCCCGGGGUUGUUUCCGUUGGUCUUUCCCAUGGACCAUGUAGUUUUUCCCCUUCUCGUCAUGUUUCGUAACCUUUCCCCACACGGUGACUUUUCCCCAUCCCGACACCACACAGGGCACCUUCUGUGCCUUUGAAUUGUUUUGUCUUUUCUCUUUAGAAAGAUCCACUUCUGGAGAGAGGAGUUUCUUUACAAAGACUAGAGAGUUUCCCAGAUUUUCACUGCAUAUAACGUAACACAGAUGUAAAAGCUGGAGACAGGACGAAAAGUCAGAUGUUCCUAAUAUGCUAUUUACAGGCAAAGAGGCGGGAAAAUUCCUAAGGGGGAUAAAAGGUCACUUUCAAAAUGCAUUUAUGAAUGAAAAAAAGUAGUAAACUUUUAUCCUUUGUAAUUUGAAAGUAAGAUCUUCUUAAUGUUUUUAUUAGUGGUUGGAACUAUUUUACGAGGAUCUGUUAACCCUCACUGUGGAGGUGGGCUGUUUGAAAUUCCCUUUUCCUCAUUAGUUUUCUUUAAAGCCAAGUGGUAGAUUAAAAGUAUUUCAGAUGCUUCUUUAAUAGUCCUAGGCCAAUAUUUUAAAAAUGAUAUAUUCUCUGUGAAAGAAAAUUUAACUCACAAAUUCAUUUUUUGGAGAAGAAUUAAAGGAAACUCUGUUUCCCAGACCAAAAUAUUUCAGGACGAUCAAAUAAAUCACAAAACAAUUUAUUCAUACAAACAGUUUUCGCUUAUAUGCAGGACUUGGCUACCAAAAUGAGGGUGUGGAUGGACUUAAGUGAUACAAAAACCCACAGCCAACCUCUGAACUGAGCCCUGAGACCAUGAGAGUCUGCCUGUUUUUAUUGUUCCCAAUACUUUCGUGUGUUAAAAAGGAAAUUUAUUCACAUCUAGGACCACAGGGCUACUAUACUACUGCCCCAGUUUCUAUAUUCCUUCCAGGAGGGUGGCUUCAGAAAGUGGCUGCAAAAGGGAAAUAAUAGCUCUGUCCCCUGUCCAUCCUGUUGUCAUGACAUUCUCCACGUUGGUGUUGAGAAGUAAGGUAUCCAGAUGGAAAGUAACCUGCUGCCCUCGUGCACCAGGGCAGUGGCGGAGGCCGUACUUCACUGGAACAAAACAAAACACAGAGCAGUGAGCCAGUUCCAAGAGUCGCCUCCACCAGCUGCUUCCACCAAAGGUUCCAGGAGGGUUGGAGAGGAGGGUCUCAGCUUUGCGGGUUUGCUUUCUGUCUCGAGCGUAGCUGUGGGGAAUCUUUAGGUCACGUGGUAUCAAGUGAGGAUUCUGCUCUGGAAGGCACACCCGUGUGUCCUGGGACGUUCCCUGGUCCAUGGAGCUGCUCUCCGAAGGGCUGCCCCAUGACGGGACCACCUGCCCCUGGAUAGCAAUCGUGAGCUGUGCCCAGAGCCGUGUUUCUAAAUGGCUUCUGAAGUUCUCCCUGGCGUUUGGAAAUGACAGCUCCCGGCCCAGGUGUAGACAGACACGCAGGUCCCAGGCGUCUCUAAAGCCCCAGCUGCUCCCAUGGGCACGCAUUUGGAUUCCUGGGAACUUAAUACAUUAGCUUUUCUUCAAAAAAUAUGCCUGUAUUUAGAGGUAAAACCAGAUCUUUAGUUUUUGUAGCUGUUGUCUCGGUUUGGUUUCAGUGUUCCGUUGCCUAAAUAAUCAUAAAAUAACUUCAGUGGACAUGGUGACCUGCCUUUGGCUUUGGUGUUUAGACCAUUUGUUUUCAUGCUUUUUAUCUAAGAUGAACUUAGGUCAAACGCAGAGAUACUGAAAAUGACUCAUUUCUAGGGAGCACAGGAAUCCGGCUGUUUCGAAGUGCCCUCCAUUCCUUCUGGGGAGCUGCCCGCAUGACCCUUCCCCGCUCUCGAGCUUCAGUGCUGAGCAGAGACGCCAGGAGGGGCUUCAAGCCCCUGUCGAGGGUGGGGGUGCUGUGGACAGGGGCAGGGCAGGGGUGGGGUGCUCGGGGCCCAGACUCAGUCCCUGAGACGAGAGUCACCGGGAGACACGCACCUUUCACUCCACUUCCUAACGUUGUCAGGCUGAGCCACCUCUCGGCCUCAGAGCCUCGACUGCAAAACAAAACAAAGCAGAGCAAACAGCCAGAAGCUCCAAAGCCCUCGCGCUCCAGUGUUUUGUAUCCGCGUUUCCCGGACUUGCCCACCGAGGCCGUGAGUGGUCUCCUUCUGACGGGACCUUCGGGUGCCGCUGCGCCUCUCCCCUGUGGUGCUGAGCGCGGGCUGCACUGGGAGCCCGUCCUACCUGGGAGGUCUCCUCUCACCUGCCCAGGUGGGCUCUUGCUCACACAGGGCUGCCGUCCGACGUGUGCGUGUGCGCGCAUGUGUGUGUAGGUGUGUGUGUGCGGCUCUGCCUGGAAGUGGAUGAUGUACAUGGACGGUUCGGGGCGGGGGGUGUGGUCGGCUCUGGAAGGGCCGCCCCAGCGGUGCUGAGAGCACCGUGCACGUGUCCUGAGGCCGUGGCCGUGCUCGGCCGGGGUGCAGCCAGGACGCCCCCCAGAUCUCUCUCUUGCUCGUCCGGCUGAAGGAGUCGCAGUGUGUGGCUAGGGCUCCGGUGACACCCGCUGGCCGGGAGGGCUCGGGGCUGCCCGGGGAGCAUUCUGGCGGGUCUGUAGGGUUUCCGGGCAGUUCCCGGGGCCCCUGCCCCAGCGUGUGGGCUGCAGAGGCCAGACUGCGGAGCACAAGCCUCUCCUGUCCCCCAGGACACCAGCGGCUGUCUGUGACCAGCCUGCUCGUCUGCCACGGCCUGCUAAUGGUCGGCACCAGCCUGGGCGUCGUGGUGGCCCUGCCCGUCCCUCGUCUGCAGGGGAUCCCCAAGGUGACCGGACGAGGCCUGGUCUCCUACCAUGCUCACAACGGGCCCGUCAAGUUCCUGGUCGUGGCCACAGCCGCUCCCAAGGCGGACAGAGACAAGCCCAGGGACAGCCCGCCCCCCGGUGCCGAGCCCCAGGAUGAAGAGCAGAGGGCCGCGCUCCCCGGCGAGCCGAGCCGCAGCGGCCCCGACGCCGUCUGGCUGGGGGCUUCGCUGGGCUCCCUCGCCCAGGCCAGCGACGUCUCCUCCACGUCCGGGUCCCCGACGCCUUCCCAGGGCUCGGGCUCCCUGGGGCCCCGCUCAGAGGAGAGCUUCGUGCAGGACGCCCUGCGGCUCCCCUGCAGCUCCCCCGGCCGAGGGCGGCGGGCCAGGAAGGCCAAGGCCAGCUCCGCGCUGGUGGCCUGCGGGGGACAGGGCCACCGGCGGGUGAGCAGGAAGGCCAGGCAGCAGCGGCCCGAGGAGCUGGCCUCGUCCGUCAUGGUCUGGCAGAUCCCCCUGCUGAACGUGUGAGCCAAGGGCGAGACCCGGGGGCGCCCUUUCAGCCGGACACCCCGAGCCGUCCCGCCGCGUCUGCGCCGGCCGGGGACGAAUCGCCAGCCGUCUCGGGGCCGAAGAGUGCAAUAUCGUCAAGGGGGCGUCUCCGGCGGCCCCUCCCUCCACCCCACGCAGGGGAGCCCCGUGCGAACGCGCAUGAGGAAGGGGGGUGGACGCCGUGUUUGAGUGGGUGGGGGUCCCGGGAGGAUGCUCCACCUCUGACCCCCGUGGUCCUUAAUAAACGCGACGCUGCAGACCUGUUCUCGUAGCCUGUCGCCCAGAGAACUCGCAGACUCAGAACUCGCGGGGAAAUGCGGCAUAUUCGCUGGGGGAGGGGUUUAUUAACAAUUCUUAAAGUAAUUGUACUUGAUUCAGAUUCACUACUUUUAUUUAUAUUGUAUAUCUUUUAACUCCAGAAUAGAUUUUGUAACAGUGAAGAAAGCCAGGUAACACAUACCAGGCCGGGUGGUGUUAAUAUGGUUUCUGAGUUGAACUGAGUUUUCCUAAGUGGUAUAAUGUGUGUACUGUAUAUUUUUAACAAAGUAGUAUUUUUAUAUCGCAUUUUUCUAUUAAAAAACUUAACAAAGUUUUAGUCACUAUGUUAUCUAUAACAUUUCACAAAUAAUGUUUGCUUUGAACCAAAAUCCUCAAUGCCUAUCAACAUUGAGACUCAAGCGUCAAGGCCAAAAUAUCCACGUUGGAGAUGUGUGUGUUUUAUUGUCUCAGGAGACGUAGAAGGUGUCUUGGUCCAUCCUUUCCUGCUGUGUUUGCAUCUGUCGACCGGGAACGCUUCUAGCUUUGCAUGCAUGUCCUGAAGGACGCACGGUGCCGGUCAGGGUGGGCGCCGGUGCUGGCGGCGGACACAGGACACAGGAAAGGCGGCCCUUGGUCGGCAGACUGGCGCUUAGGGCCCCUUCUGCGGGCGUCGUGCACGAGUGAUCCGUGAGUUCGCGGUGCUCCACGUGUAGUUACCUGUCAAUGUUCUACUUACUGGAUGGUUGAAAAAAACAAUGCAGGUCCACCCGAGAUGAAUGUCUCAGCACUUUACAGGUGACUGAACAUGCUAAUUUUAUGACUUUGCCAAAUAUUUUCCAAGGUGCAUGUGUGCCCCCAUGUGAAAGAAAUAUCUCCCCCAGGCUUCCUUAAACUAUUAGCUGCUAUCAUAUUUCAUGAA